GCACGACGUGUUUCAACAACUACAUUUCCCAUGAGCCUUUUCCGACUCGGAGCUUCCGGGCGGUCUGUGCAGACGAGCGUGAUUGUGGGAGGCGGUUGAUGUAACGAUGUUGCGCAGGAAACCAACGCGGAUCGAGCUCAAGCUGGAUGACACGGAGGAGUUUGAAAGCGUAAAGAAAGAACUGGAGAGUCGAAAGAAACAGAGGGAUGAGGUGGAUGUAGUCGGUGUAGCAACAUCAAGCGAGAUGACUGGAGCGUCAGGUGGAGCCUCGGAUGGGAAAACCAGAGAGCAGAUGAUCCAUGAACGCAUUGGAUACAAACCUCAUCCGAAGCCAAACACGUUACCGUCACUUUUUGGAAAUCUUCAGUUUUGACAAUCUGAAAAUGGACACUUGGAAAACAUUGUGCACUCCAUUAUCCAAAAAGGACUGAAAACAGGAAUUUGUAUUUAGAUGGUUUGUGACAACCAGUUUCCAUAAAGGACUAUUUUUCUACCUAGUUAAUAAAGUUACACAAAAGUAAAA